AUGUGUUCAGUGAACGAGUCGCCGACUGUGGUGAUGCUCCGCGACGUGCUUGCCGAAGAAGACGUCAUCGAAACGCCCAACAACGCGAUGGUCCUCGGCGCCGGCAGUCGAAGAACUAAGCCAAGAAGGAAGUUCACAGUCCGCGUGCCUGGAAAAGACGAAAAGUAGUUGUACUCCUUGAGAAUGAGUAUCACCAACUGGAGUUUCAGGACCGGCGAUCGUCGAAGUGCCUUGCAAAUCUCGGGUCCGUCCGACUUCAUGCACAUCGUCCACAUGGGACCGGCGCCUGUCGUCGAACUCCAGCAGAAUUUCAUCGAUCUCCAGCCUCCACAGCCCCAAAGCACUGCUGAAAAGGUAAAAAUAAGAGGAUUUUUAGAAAACGACCCAAAAAGGUAAGCCUGAGGAGGCUCUAGUGAUGAAGUCAGUCAUGGACAAACCAAAAAAUCGUUGUUUUAUAUUGUUUUUUUAUCCGUCUUUUUCUUUGAAUAGCGAUUAUUCCAACGGACGAAAUUCAAAGCGGAUCUAGAAAACAGCAUUGAAAAAAUCGAAAAUCCCAUUUUGUUUUGGCACAUUUUAUGUUCAAGCAGUUUUUUUGCUGAUCACUCAACUAUAUUCAGUUCAACAAAGUGAUUUGAGUAGCCUCAGUUUAGAUAAUCAUAACUUUUCGAGGAACGUAACGAUAAUUUUAUUAAUUUGUGUGCCGUGAACAUCCCUGACCUAACAACUCACUAAGUAGAGCAUUCAGGUGCGGAAUCUGAUUCCUAUCGGUCGCUCGCAGUCUUCUUCGUCGGCGGCUCUCAACUCGGUACGCGGAGGAGCAUCUUCCACGACGAGGAGCAGCGACCUGGAGCAUCUUAGUCGAACUCGGCCCCUGAGCACGACCUCCAAGAGCAGCGACGGUAUGCGUUUAACUCCAUCGACGUCAGCCUCCUCUUCUCGAUCUUCGUCUCAAACUUUGUCCCCUCAAAACCGCUCCGCGGGCGAUCCGCGACGCACUCCUCCGCCUCCUUACUCUGCUCCUUAUUUCACGUCGACUCAGCGCGACCCCAGCAUCUUCGUGUUUGUUGGCGAGGAGCGUGGCGUCGAUGUGCCGAUCCCGGUGCACCGCGUCGGCUCCCAGCGACAGAUCGAGGAUUCUGGAGGCAUCCGCCUCACCGAUCUGACGUCCACGAGUCAAGCGUCAAACUCUCCUCCCCAAUGGCGGCACUAUAGAAACGCGCGUUCCGAAGACGCUACUCAGGUGAAUCGCGAUCGUUCCGCUUCGCAGCUUUCCACCGCGAGUAGCGUCACGCUCACGGGGGGUACUCCUCGCCAAAGUUUUAACGCCGCUUCAAAAUAUUUCCCGAAAUUCUUGUAAUCCUCUCAUUUAAAUCUUCAUACAGUGCCCUUCAAAGGAGAUACUUGCAAAUUUCAAAAGCAUGGAAGCCUAGUUUCUUUCUAUGUCUCAAUUUAGGAGCCAAAACUGAGUUUUCUAACUUUUUUUUGAACGGUACUGUAUUUCACAAUCAUGCCAUUAACAAAUUGUUACCAAAGCUUGAUCACUUCAAAUCUGAAAUCUUGAAUUCCCCGCUCCAAUUCCCCGAUUACCUUAAAAAACUUUUCCUUUUGUUGAAAUAGAAUAGGAAAGUACUAAUAAGGCAGCUUUUCCGCUAAACUUUGCUUUUUCGGCCCUCUAUAGCUCUGUUACCAAUCAGUUGGAAGUUCCGUACGCUUCGCUGUCCUUCCAAAGUGCCGUCCAUUUUCAGGAUCAUCCUCGUUAGGACGUGACGGCAACAUGACGACGGCGUCCUCCGCCAGCGAGAACCAUUAUUUGGUCAGUUUCAGCUCGAAUUUCAUUGAAUCUAGGUUUUAUGCGUGAAUUUCCCAUAGUGAGUGAUUUUAGAAGUUUGUGCGUACCAGGGUUAUUAUAAUGAAAAAUUUCGAAAACUAGUUGUUUUUCUUUUUUUACCGUUAGAAAAGUUUCAUUUUUUUAAGAAACGUAAGCUCAAGCGCAAAAAAACGAAAGUUAUUUUCUUUUUUUUCCUUCUCUCUCACUAAAAAUCUUUUUAAAUAGAGUGUGUUUUUAAAUGAAAGUUGGAAAUAUAUUUAAAAAAAUUUUUCAUUUAUUUUUUUGUUAAAUAAACAGUCUGAACAGUUCCUGAACUGUACUUUUUUUCUCAAUUCAAUUACAUGCUUUUCCCAGAAUUUUCAAUAGAAAUUUUUUUUCAGGAGCCCGUUUCUCGGUCCGGCCUGAACGUUCCGCCCCAUUCGCCGGCGCCGUCGCCUUCCUCAAGUUGA